AUGCCUAGCGUUGUUGAUAAAUCCGUUUUCGAAUACGGAGGAAAGACAUUGGUGGCUAUAACGCCGGAUUACAAUACGUUAUGUGUGGCUAGUAAGAAUGGAUUGGCUAAACUGCUACAGGUGGAUAAACCUGAAGAGGAACCGGAGGUUUUGGAAAUAUCAAAAAACUUGAGCUCGGUGAAAUGCGAUCCCAGUGCCGGCUAUUUGAUCACGACUGUGAACGGUGAUGCUUUCAGGCUUGAUCCCACAUCAGCAAGCGAUAAACUUUUGGCUAGGUCAGCACUACCUCUGAGAGAUGGUUGUAUUAUACAUUCAGGAAAGACGGCCGUUUUGGGCGGUGAUGACCUGGAGCUACUAGUCAUCGACUUGGAAGAGGAUACUCUAAAGAAGAGUUCAAUUAAGGUAGAGGAGCAGAUUUCUCAAAUGUCCUAUGCUCCGCAAACAAACCUCCUCUCUAUAUCCUUCAUUAACGGCAAGGUUCAGUUCUUUUCGGUUUCGUCGACCAGACCCCAUAGAGUGCACGAAUUAGCUGGCUAUAUUACCGCAAAUACGUACAAGAGUCUUCCAAAUGACGACUCUUCGGCAGAGACAUUAAAUGCAAGCAGUGUGAACAUUGGGCCUGACUCGUUGGAUGACGCAAGGGAACAGAACAUCGACGAUCCCGAAUUUUGUGAUGAGAAUCGGAUCUGCACUCGCGUCUCUUGGCACCCGAACGGUUUUCAUUUCGCCCUGCCUUGUGCAGAUUGCACUAUCAAGAUCUUCAAUGUAAAAGGCUACGCCUUAAUGAAAACUCUGAAAGACUCUGUCCUUCCAGUGGCGAAAUUUAUCGAUUUGCAGUUCGAUCCCUUGACUGGGUCAUAUAUCGCUUCUGUUGACAUCAAUAACGGCCUUUUGAUCUGGAACUGGCAUACUUCAGAAAUAGUAUACAGGAAGAACUUCAAGCACAAUAUAACAAACUUCGUUUGGAGAGCUCAAGCAGACAACAAAACGCUCGACAUCAUCCUUGGAACAUGGACAGGCGAUAUAAUUAACAUAAAAGGAAUUGUGGAAUCGGUUUUGGCAGGAAAUGGGGAUGGUGAUGGGAAGGCGAAGGAGCAACAACAGCAACACAAUGCUCUCUUUGUGGACUCAGAUUUGGAUGAUAGCGAAAUAGAUGCGCCAUCAGCUAACGUAGAUAUUCAAGCAGAGGAAAGUGACUCGGAAGGCAUAUUUACUCAAAAUGCUGACGAAGGAAAGAGAAGAUAUCCGUUCGAGAAUGAUGAUGGGUUCAUAGACGAUGACGAUGGAGCAGGUUACGUCUCUCACAAAAAAAGACAUCAACAUUCACCGAAUGCUCAAUUGACUACUCAAGUUCCGAAUACCACGGUUUCUCAAUAUCCUUCAUUUCGUUAUAAGCCAGUGUCUCCAGGUGCUACGCCAUUUGGUCGUGGCGGCAGAAGGUAUAUGACAAUGAACAACGUCGGCUACGUUUCUGUAGUGAAAAACAAUGAACAAAACAGUGUCACAGUGUCUUUUUUCGAUAUCGGACGCUUCAGGGAAUAUCACUUUGAAGAUGUUUUUGGCUAUGACCUUUGCUCAUUGAAUGAGGAGGGUACGCUCUUAGGACAGUCCAAGACAGGUAUGCUGCACUAUAGAUCGCAUAACAUGAUACAUUCGAAUUGGACAAAAAUGAUACCUUUGACGCAUGGAGAACGGAUCACUAGCAUAGCGGCCACAACUUUCAGGAUAUUUGUUGGGUCUUCGCAUGGGUAUAUGAGAAUCUUUAAUCGGCAUGGCCUCCCACUGGCUGUGGAAAAGGUUUCACCGGUUGUGGCACUCGCAGCUCAAGACUACAAAGUUUUUGCGGUACAUUACUCGCCUUACCACGGAAUAUCUUAUUCUUUGUUUGAGCUAUCGCCAACGGCCUCCAAAUACUAUCAACGUGAGUGUCCUUUGCCGAUGACGUUACCUCAGCUCAAUUUGACUUCCGAGGGUGAUGUCGAUAAGCAGUUCAUCAAAUUCAGUCCCCUUGGUUUGAAGAGCUUGUUUUUCUCUGCAUACGGCGACCCAUGCCUCUUCGGCUCCGACAAUGUUCUUCUAUUACUUUCAAAGUGGAGGUCCCCUUCGGAAAGCAGAUGGCUGCCGGUCUUGGACGCAAAUAUGGAACUGUGGAAAAUGUCUGGUGGCAAAAACAACACACAGAUCCACGUUUGGCCCCUGGGUCUGAAUUACGAUACACUGAAUUGUAUAUUGGUCAAAGGAAAGAAUAUAUGGCCCGAGUUUCCACUACCUCUACCGUCUGAAAUGGAAAUGAGAAUACCGAUUUUAGUGAAAAGUCGAAUCGUGGAAGAGGAAGAGAAGCGCAAAUCAAAAUCGGAAGAUACUAUCGGAGAGGGGACAUCCGAUGGGGCUGGAGGAGGACAACAAAAUGAGGAGAUUGCUAUACCUCCAACUAUGGCCGCUGAGGAGGAACUCCUGCGCUCCAAAGUUCUUUCCGACCUUUUAAAAGAUUCAAUCGAGAACGAUGGUGAGGUUUUCGGAAAUGAAAAUGAGAUUCUAAGCUCUCUAAAUUGGUCCUAUGAUAAGGCACUGUUAAGACUCUUCGCCGGUGCAUGCGCUGAGCAGAACAUGGAAAUGGCAACUUCCCUUGUCAAAGAGAUAAAACAGGAUAAGGCGCUCAUUGCUGCCACUAAAAUAGCAGAAAGGGCAGAACUGCCAGUUCUCGUAAAGAAAAUAAAUGAGACAAGAGAAGCCAGGUUCGAAGAACAAAUAAAUAAUUGA